GCUUUCAACGUCACGUGAGACUAACACUACUACCUGCGGAUUGGUCAGAUCCGUGCGUGACGUUUAUAGCCGGCGGCGAGCGCGCGGGCGGUUGUGGCGGCCAUUUUCCGUUUCCGGAGUGGGUUCGCCACCAAACGGUUUAUGUCGGCCAUUUUCCCCCCCCGAAUGGUCAGCGUUCAACCUCGGUACCGUUAGAGCAUGUCUAAUUUCUGCAGUUGCUGCUUGUGUUUGUCGGGACAUUUAUAUCUGACCAAGGAGUGUUUCCCGCCUUCGUGGGAGCGGUGGCCGCCGCUUUGCUAAUAGGGGUAAUUUCAUUUGUGCUCUGUGCGGUCUCAUGAUUGGCCAGCGCCCCCCAUCUCUCCCUGUACUGUCUGACCCUCAAGCCCCCCUCUCCACCUUCAGUGGUAAAAUUCUGGGAUCGUUGCUGACUGAAGCAGCCCCAAAUCUGGGAUGGCGAUAUACGGACUGUAGUAUGAAGGGAGCUAGCGCUUUUCCUGUACAGACUUUCAUCUAGCUGGAUUUGUCUCUUUAUUUAUCUGCACGGGAGGUCUAGUGGACUCGAUGCAAGUAUUGUCGAUCUCGGGGGGAAAACCUGUGGCUCACUGUAAUUCUACUAUCACACAAGCUUCAUCCUUAAUACCCGGCGAGAUUGAUUCAGUUCCAACCGCCAGGAGUUAAGUUCAAAACCACCAGAACUACAUCAGCCGCGUGCAGAUGAGAAAUUGAACAGUGCAAAGGAUUGUUGCAGUGACUCCUCCGCCUGAUUCUGCCCAAAAUUUUAAGAAGUACUGGAUAAAGGCCAACACAAUGAGUUCCCUUCAUGCAGCAAUAAAGACUGAAAGUAGAGAUGAUGAGAGUGAAGUGCAUGCUGAGUUGUGGCGAGAUGAACCUAAAGAUCACAAGAUGAACAGUAACGUCCGUGAGGUAGCGGAGAUCUGUGUUGUGAUUGGUGAGGAUGGGGCUCAACGGUGUUCUGAACAGGAUCAACCCAAUAAUCAAUCCAGUGACUUUGAUGGGCAGCCUGGCAAACCAAACAAAAUGAAUGACAGAGAAGAGAAUAUGGAGUGGAAACCACAGCAGCAGGCUUCACUAAGGGCCUAUAUAUGUGGUGCCUGUGGGAAGAAGUACAAGUACUACAGCUGUUUCCGGGCACAUGUGAGAGCACACCUAGAAAAUGAAACUUCCUCUGCAUCUGCUGAGAGCUCCCCACAAGCAAAGAAUUUUAGAUAUAUGUGUGACAUCUGUGGCAAGAAAUACAAAUAUUAUAGCUGUUUCCAAGAACACCGGGACUUACAUGCGGUAGAUGAUCCUUAUGAUCAGGCAGUUGAGACACCGGCAGAAGUGAAAACUGAACAGAUGGAAGAAACUGUCCGUAGCCCUGGAUCAAAAACAGGUAGCUACAUCUGUGAAUACUGCGGCAAGCGAUACAAGUAUUACACUCCUUACCAGGAACACGUGGCUUUGCAUGCAUCUUCCGAUGCAGAGAGCUCCCUUGGCAAAAGAAGUGAAACUAAACUAUCAAAUACAUGUGAAGAAAAUAACAGCUCUCAGAAUUCUAGUGGAGGUACCAGCGUACAGAAGUCAGGUCCAUCUUCUGCCAAAAAUGGAGCCACCUGUCAGAGUUGUGGAAAUGAACAUAAACAUUGCACCUGCUUAAGACAGCAGGCACAUAAUAGCAGAGCAAGAGAGCAAUACACCUGUGGGGCAUGUGGGAUUCAGUUCCAGUUUUAUAACAAUCUAAUAGAGCACAUGCAUUCCCACACAGCUGAUAAUGAAAACAGCUUAGCAAUUAAACAGGUGCAGCCGCCUCGCACUGCUGCUGCAACUACGUCUACGUCUACUUCUGCCACUACUACCACAGCUGUUGCUGCUCCUUCCCCAGAAAAGAAGAAUGCUCUUCGCCAGAGCAACUGCACAAAUGAUGGAAUCGUAUCACUGAGAAGCUGUCCUCUUUCUGAUAAUGCUCCUGUAUGUUCAUUGCACCCAUCCCGAAAGGAUCCAACAACGGCAGGUGCUAUUGUUGCUAUUGUACAAAGACAGCACAGAAGAAUUGAGGAGAUACAAAGAUGUCAGCAAGCAGGUGCCUGGGUGCCCGAUGCUUGGGGGCAGCUGUCUUCCAAGAAGAAAGAGGAGGAGAUUGAGCAAGAGGAAUAUCACUUCCAAUAUGACAGAGAAAUGCAGCAUUUGAUGCACCAGAACAAUUCACUGUGA